GGUCCUUGUGAUGAGCCCGUGAAACCGUGAAAGUGUUAAUCGGCAGCUUUUAAGGCACACAACGAACGAUUGGAAGAAAGUGUUACCCCUAUCAGUUGCAAUCCUGACAGCAAAAGAGAGGAUCUGUCGUAUCCGGAGUGUGGUAUUGGAGAAUGGCGUUGCAGCUGCGACUACGUCAGAGCAUCACCUCCAUCAUCAAUCCCCAAGUUUCUGUCAAUAUAUCAGAACAUUGACAUACCCGGGAAAUAGGACACAUGGAACAGUCAUAGUCAGGUCCCCAGGUGGUGAUGAAUCCUUUCCGUACUUGAAAGUCAUCCUUCUCGGCCGCAUUCACAAUUUAAAAAUGGUGGUAGGGGUGGAUAGUGCCGUAAUAGGAUUAACGCCGAGCAGCCGAGCCCCAAGUGAAGCGGAAGCCGGACAAGCAAGGAAACCCACAAGCGGAGAGUCACAGUCGGAAAAGGCCAGAAGAUGCAGAAAAAGUCGCAACAUUUUCGUGUACACAGUGGUCACGUUCCUGGUUAUGGGCGUGAUCGGUUACAUGGUAAACGCAGUAUUUGGAGUCAUGUACACCUCAGGCAACGAAUCCUCGACGGAGGGUCUCCUCUAUCCGAUUGAGUCGGAAACGCGGGAACUGAAAAAUCUGGAUGGAGUGUGGAACUUCGUGCGAUCGGAUAGUAACAAUCCAUCGCAGGGUAUUCGGGAGAAGUGGUACAACGAUGAUCUGGCCAGGUUUCGGAAGACCAUCCAGAUGCCGGUACCGAGCAGCUAUAACGAUGUGACCGAGGAUGCUGCGCUGCGCGAUCACGUCGGAACGGUGUGGUACGAUCGCAAAUUUUUUGUUCCCCGUGCCUGGGGAGAGAGUGGCGAUCGAGUGCUGAUACGCUUCGGAUCCGUACACUACGAUACGAUAGUGUGGAUCAACGGUGUGCAGGUCGCGAAACACGAGUUCGGACAUCUACCGUUCGAGGCAGAGGUGACCAAAGUGCUCAAGUACGGUCAGGAGAACCGUAUCACGGUGCUGUGUGAUAAUGUGCUGUUGCUGGUGACGAUACCUCAGGGAAAAGUUGACAAUCAGGCAAUUGACAACGGAGUGGAGUUGGUGCAAUCCUAUACAUUCGAUUUCUUUAACUAUGCCGGCAUUCACCGAUCGGUGAUGCUGUAUACGGUGCCAAAGGUGUACAUACGGGAUGUUGCGAUCCGUACCGGGUACGAUGAGAACGAGGGUAGCGGUAGUGUAGACUAUCAGAUCACGACGAGUUCGAACGAGACGGACAAUCUGCAGGUCACAGUCAAACUGUACGAUCGCAAUGGAACACUAGUCAGCAAGGAUUUGGCACAAGGGCAACUCCAGGGAACGGCCAGCAUUCCCGAGGUGCAGCUUUGGUGGCCCUACCUAAUGCACCCGGAACCGGCCUAUCUGUACACGAUGGAGAUUACGCUGGCGACGAUAGCACCGGUUGGUGAUGCGAAUCCGACGGUGCUGGAUAUCUACAGGAUGAAGGUUGGCAUCCGGACGCUCGAGUGGAACGCCACGUCGUUCCUGAUCAACGGUAAACCGAUCUAUUUCCGUGGUUUCGGUCGUCACGAGGAUUCCGAUAUACGUGGCAAAGGAUUAGAUGUGGCGUUGCUUACCAAAGAUUUCAAUCUACUGAAGUGGGUCGGUGCAAAUGCGUACCGAACCUCGCACUAUCCGUACUCCGAGGAAAGCAUGCAGUUUGCCGACGAGCACGGUAUCAUGAUCAUCGACGAGUGUCCCAGCGUCGAUACGGAUAAUUAUUCCCAAAUUCUUCUGCAAAAGCAUAAGUCAAGCAUCGAGCAGCUUAUUCACCGUGAUCGCAAUCAUCCCAGUGUGGUGAUGUGGUCGAUUGCUAAUGAACCGCGUACGGGGCGGCUCGAUGCGGGUGCUUACUUUGCAGCGGUGGCAGAAUACACCAAAAAGCUAGAUCCAACACGACCGAUCACGGCCGCUAUCGCGGUAAACGUGAAUGAUGAUCGAGCGGCUCAAUACCUCGAUAUCAUUAGCUUUAACCGGUACAAUGCGUGGUAUGCGAACGCUGGUCGGCUUAACAUGAUCACCAACCGCGUGAUAGAGGAAGCGCAGGCCUGGAACAAGAUGCACAACAAGCCAGUUCUGAUGUCCGAGUACGGUGCCGAUACGAUGGAAGGACUCCAUAUGCUUCCUGCGUACAUCUGGUCGGAGGACUAUCAGACGCGCGUGUUCAGCCAGCACUUUAAGGCGUUCGAUGCGCUGCGAGAGCAGCACUUUUUCAUCGGCGAGUUCGUGUGGAACUUUGCUGACUUCAAGACUGCCCAGACGUACACCCGUGUCGGUGGCAAUAAGAAGGGCAUUUUCACGCGCAACCGACAACCGAAGGCGGCCGCCUAUCUCCUUCGCCAGCGGUACUACAUGCUGGGUGACCUGGGCAAGAGCCACUUGCCGGACGAUCUGUUCCUCUACGCAGCUCCUGAAGCGCUACAGCAAAGGAAGGACCGGGAGGAGCUGUGAAACCCUGCCCCGGGUUCACCGGUUGCAAGCAUUUUGUUUUUCUCUUUACGUGAAUCGUGAAUUACCCAAGUAUUCCUCUGCAACUUUCAUUAGCUUUAAGGGUAGGAAAUAAAGUUUUCUCCAUAUUUUUUGGAAAUCUUUACUUAAGCUAAA